AUGGAUGAAGUUUUGGAACAUACAACACAAGAACAAUUAUGUCGAUUUAUCAAUAUUUUCAUUUCAACAGAAGAAAAGCAAAUUUUAAGUCUUGAUCAGAAUGAGAAAAUUUUAACUCAAUUUAUUUCCCAUCAUAAUUCUCAAUCAAUUUACAUAAUUAGAUUUGAUAAUAAUACUCUAGAGCUUUACAACAAUCUUCCUAGUAUCAAUGAGCUACCACAUAAUAUAUCUACCAUAGUAAUAUUAAUUAAACCCAAAGGACCAAUUACAUCACAAGCUCCAAUUAGUCAGCAAAUUAAUAUAGUAAAUGUACCGGUCCCCAGUUUAAACCAAACUGAUGAUCAAUUUGAACAAUUUGAACAAUUAAGAUUAACUAUAAAUUCUGGUUUAUCACCAUAUUUUGAUUUCCUAUCCGGAUUAAAUGAAGAUUCUGCACUAGUUUCAAUAAAGAAGAAAUUCACUGAAUUAUCAUUAUCUUUACAACAUUUACAACAAAGAAUUCAGAUACCUGAUUUAAUAAUUUCCACUCAUCCAAAAAUAAAAAAAGUAAUAGAAAAACUGAUCGACAUUGAUGAUCUUGAAGAAGACAGUGACACUUUAAAUGAAAUAUCUACCAUUACAAAUCAAUGGAUUCAACAAAUUCAAUCAAUUACUAGAUUAGAUCACAAAGCGAGUAAUGGUAUUUCAAUUUUGGAAGAUAUUCAAUUUUGGAAUUCUAUGGAAUCAGCAUUAUUGAGUUUACAACAACAAAUGAAUUCAGAGGAGAUUAAAUUAUCAAUUGAUUUAUUGAAUCGAGCUAAAAGAUUUCAUAUAACAAUGAGGUUUCAAAAUGACACAGAAUUAGUGGAUAAAAUGAAUCAUACAAAGCAAAUAAAUGCAUUCAUGAAAGAGUUGCCGGUAGAUGAUUUAUUCAUGACCAAUACUAAUUUUGAGAAAUUCAAUGAUACUGCGAUAAGACUCUUUUCACAUUUGAAGAAUAAAUUAACUAUACUUCCAUUAACAAGAGCAAUUGGUACAACCGAAGUAAUAAUUAAUGAUAUUGUGAUCAAAUUUCAAACAUUGGUUACCAGCUACGAAUUGAUGUCAUUACUAUGGAAUGAGUUUAUAACUAUAUAUAAUUCGUGUCAAGAGAUUUUCACAACCAUUGAGGAUAAUAUAAAAUAUCUAAUUAACUUGCUAAGAGAGUUACUUCGAAAAAAUCAAGAGAAAUUUAGACUAAUUGAGAUAAAUCAUGAGUUGUUUAAUAAAUUCAAGCUUAAAAUUGAUGACUUAAAGACUUUUAGAGAGAAUCACGAAAAUUUAAAACUAAAUAUUGAAACCAUUUUGAAAGAACAUCAAUCGGAGCUUUUAAGUAAAUUAAAUGAUGCAUAUAACAAAAACAUUUUGUCAAUAAAUGCCACUGAUAUAUCUCACCAAGGGAAUUUAAUUUGGAAAAUGAAUGAACUAGCCUAUUUACAAACAUACAAUCAUAUCAAUACCAUGAUAAUGAAGAAAGUUAAUCAUUUUUUUGAUCAGGCUAAAAAUUUUAAUGAUAUUUGUGCAAUUUACGAAUCAUUUUUCAAGUUUAAUGAAUCAUUGAAGCUACUGAUUACAGAUGAUCAUAAACUUAAAGUGCUCAAGAUUGUGUACAUUGAAGUUCAAAAUUUAAUGGAUGCAAAUUCUAAUCAAUCAUUAAAUAAAUAUGAGGAAAUUAUUUGGAAUAUGAGUUUGACAGCAAAAAUAGAACGUUUUACAACUCUCUUGGUAAAUUUAAUUGGCAAUGAUUGGUUUGGUUAUUUCAUAGGUGAUAAAAUUAAAUCAACAACUUCAAAGUUAUAUUCAACUUUGGAUCCUCGUCCUUCGUUUCAUAAAUUUAUCAACGAAUUAAGGUUACAAUCAAUUGAAUCAUUUGGACCUUUAAUAAAGAUUCUGUCAAAUCCUUCAAAGUAUGAGUUGGUGUUGAAUUUUGAUCUUAAAUCACUUAAUAUUUGCAAACAGUUGUAUCUGCUAAAAGAGCUUGGAUUUCAGGUCCCUGGUACAUAUAUCAUAGAAUAUAAUAAAAUUGAUCAAUUAUCCAAAUUUGCCACGAGUCUAAAUGAUCAAAUCAAAAUAAUAACAAAUCUAUUUAACAAUACCUUUCAACACAACUUUGGCAAAGCAAUGGGUUUUUUAUUAGCAAAUCAGUUCAAUUCUAUUGGAGUUUUAUUAAAAGAGUUAAUUACAAUUGAAUGGAUACAUUUACUUCACGCGGAUGAUUUACAAAGUGAAGCAGCUUUAAGUGAAAAUUUAGUUGAAAUACAAUCCUUGAACAAAGUUAUACAAUUUGAGCAGAACACAACCGCUUUGGCUAAUCAGUUGACUAAAUUGGAAAAAUUUUACAAUAUCAUAGACAAUCAUUAUCAUAGAUUGAAAACUUCAUUUUUUAAUUUUGAUUCAUUCAAAGAUAUAGUUAAGGAAAUUCAAAAGGAAUUCAAUGAAAUUUGUUUGGAAAACAUUGAUAAUACUGAUCAAUUAGCAGAGUUAAUAAAUAAUGAAAUUGCCACUAUAUUUAGUACAAGGUUAAGGGCUCAGUUGUUUAUAAUAAAUCAAAAAGCAGCUAACACUAAUGCCAAUGUUGAAGUUUUGGAACUAGAUAAAUAUAAUAUUAAUAUUCCAGUAGUACGACAUGAAUUAUUUUUCCAAGAAGAAUCUUUUGGUUUGUUACCUAAUUUCAUUGAUGGAAAAGUUGAAUUGUUUGAUUUUUUGAAUAGUGUAAUUUCAAUAGUUGAACAACAAGCAAUUAGUAAUUUAGCUGCCAAAUCCAGAAUAAUUCAAAUUAACUCCGAAACAAUACAAGACGAGCUAAGUUCAUUAAUGGUAAACAUAGACAAAUUAUAUGAUGAAUGUGAAAUUUAUUUAAAUAAGUGGGAGUAUUUACAAAAUCUAUGGGAAUUGGAUUUAACAGAUUCGAAUGAUAUAUCUAAAAUAUUUGAAAAGACAUCUGUAUAUGAUUGGUAUGACAAAAUCAAGGAGAUAUUAUCAUUAAGAAACUUAUUUGAUCAAACAGAAUCAUUUAAAACAUUUGGGCAAUUGAUAAUUAUUGAAUUUUCAAAGAUUCAAAAUAGAGUAGCUGUUAACUUUGAUUUGUUGAAGAAAAAUUUAUUACAUUAUUUUCAAACCAAAUUAUCUUUAGAGUUGAAACAAUUUAAUCAACAAUUGAUGAAAACAAAAGAGAAUCUUGAGGAACCAUUACAAUUUCAUGGGGACGCAGAAAAAUUGUUUGAAAAUAUUGACAAUUAUUUAUCAAGUAAAAAUAACCUAAGUAUUUGGCUCGUUCGAACUAAUCAAUUUCAUGAUAUACAAAAGUAUUUAUCAAAUCAAAGAGUCAAAUUUCCUAUGGAUUGGUUGUUCACAGAGCAAUUGCAAAAUAAUUUAAGUAUGAUUACAAGCCUUAUAGAUCGAAAGUGUAAAUUAAUUGAAGAGAAUAAAGAAUUUUUGAUUUCAAAAGUUCUUUCAGAAUCUAAAAAAUUGAAUGAAACUAUACGAUCACUAUCAAAAGAUUGGGAAGUGAAAAAACCAAUUGCUGGAAAUAUUAUACCAUCUACUGCUUUGCUUAUAUUAAAAACAUUUCAAACUAAAUUUGGUGAAAGUCAUAAUUUUUCCAAUUUCAUAAUUAAUACUGCUGAAUCAUUAGAUGUUUCAAUAUCAUUUGAAGAUUUGUCAUAUAUUCUAGAGGAAAUUAGGGAAUUGACUAAAGUUUGGUCAUCGGUGAAUCAUUUAUGGGAGGAUCUUGAAUCUUUAAAACAAUUGAAAUGGGUAGAUUUAGAGUCGAGAGAAUUAUAUCAUCAAUUAAAUGAUUUAUUAACAACCUCAAGAUCUUUGCCUUCAAAUAUAAGACAGUAUCCGGCAAUUUGUGAUAUUCAAGAUUAUGUAAAGGCUCAGUUAAAAAAUCAACUGAAAAUUUCUGAAUUAAAAAGUGAUUAUAUGAAACCACGUCAUUGGAAAGUAUUGUUAAAUCAACUUGGAUUUACUAAAGUUGAUCAUGAGAAUUUAAAAGUUGUUGAUGUAUGGAAUCUUAACAUUUUGUUAAAUGUACAAACAGUUGAUGCAAUGUUGGAGCAAGCUCGAAAUGAGAGAACCUUGGAAGAUAGCUUGAAUGCCAUUAAUACUGCAUGGUCAGAAAUUACAUUUGAAUUAUUCAAUUAUGAGAAUAAAUGCAGAUUAAUAAAAAAUUGGGAUCUAUUAUUUGAUCAAUGUAAUACUGAUUUAAAUGCUUUAUCAAGUAUGAGAAAUUCUCCGUAUUUUGCAACAUUUGAAAAAGAAAUAAGUGAUCUUGAAAAUAAUAUUAAUACAUUGUUUCUAAUUUUAGAUGCUUGGAUUGAAGUUCAACGUCAGUGGGUAUAUUUAAACGGUGUAUUUGGUAGCAAGAAUAAUGAUUUAAAACAAUUAUUGCCAGUUGAAAGUUCUAGAUUCAAUAAUAUAAGUUACGAGUUACUUAGUUUAUUUAAGAGACUUUAUAAAUUUAAUUUAGUUAUUGAUAUUGUUGUUUUCCAAGAUCUUCAAAAUAUCAUGUCAAGGUACGUGGAGUCGUUAAUUAAAGUUAGAAAAUCAUUAUCUGAAUAUUUAGAAAAGCAAAGAGAAUUCUUUCCAAGAUUUUAUUUCAUUGGUGAUGAAGAUUUGUUGGAACUCAUAGGAAGAUCGCAUGAUUAUAGCACAAUCAAUAAACAUGUAAAGAAGAUGUUUAGUGGUAUUGAUGAAAUCGAAUUUGAUAGAGAUGCAUCAUUAAUUGUUGGUGUGAUUAGUGCUGAAGGAGAAUAUCUUGAGUUUGUUAGUUCUGUGUCAAUGAUUAAAUAUCCCAAAGUUCAUGAAUGGUUGAAAAUGAUGGAACUUGAAACUAAAUUAUCAUUAUCAAAUUUAGUUAAUCAGAAUAUUGAAAGUUGGGGUAAAACUAUCAAGAGUGAUGAAUUGUUAAACGUGCUACAAAAAUUACCCGCUCAAGUCCUGACAUUAUUAUCACAAAUUAGCUUCACAAAUAAUGUUGACCCGAAUAUAUCAAAUUACCAACAAUUAUGUGAAUUGGUUAUAAAACUUGUCAAUUUGAUCGAAUCAGAUAUUUCCAGUUUGACUAGGAAAAAAAUUCAAUAUUUGUUAAUUGAAAUUAUACAUCAAAGAGAAAUAGCCAAACAAUUGACAGAAAAAGAAUAUUUAUGGAAUCUUCAGCAAAAAUUUUAUUAUGAUACAUCAAUGAAAGACCCGUUAAAAAGAUUAAAAAUAAAACAAGUUAAUGUUGAAUUUAUUUAUGGUUGGGAGUAUUUAGGAUUACCUGAAAAAUUAGCGUAUACACCAUUAACAGAUGAUUGUUAUUUAACAAUGUGUCAAGCGUUAGCUAUGAAAUUAGGUGGAUCCCCUUUUGGUCCAGCUGGUACUGGUAAAACCGAAACUAUUAAAGCUCUAGGUCACAAUUUAGGAAAAAUGGUUAUUGUUUUCAAUUGUGAUAAAUCAUUUGAUUUCCAAUCCAUGAGUAGAAUCUUUUUAGGUUUAUGUAAAGUAGGUAAUUGGGGUUGUUUUGAUGAAUUUAAUCGAUUAGAUGAAAAAAGUUUAAGUGCAAUUUCAUCUCAAAUUGAAUCUAUUGAAUAUGGAUUGAGAGAUUUUAAUAAGCCUGUCUCAAUAUCAAAUCGUGAAAUUUAUGUUAAUCCCGAAACAGGUUUAUUUGUAACCAUGAAUCCAGGUUAUGCUGGUAGAUCAGAAUUACCGGAGAAUUUAAAGAAAUUAUUUAGAAGUUUUUCAAUGAGUAAACCAGAUAGCGAAAUAAUUGUUGAAAUAUUGUUAACUUCACAAGGCUUCAAGACGGCAAAUGAUUUAUCAAGAAAGAUUGUUGCAUUUUACCUUAAAUUAGAUUCAGAAUUAUCUACUCAACGUCAUUACGAUUUUGGAUUGAGAGCUUUAAAAAGUAUGCUAAAUAGAUGUGGAAGUUUGAAAAGAAGAAACAAAGUAUCAAAUGAGUACGAGUUAGUUUUAGAAAGCAUAAAUGCAACAAUUGCACCUAAACUAGUCAAUGCAGAUGAAAAACUUUUUCACAAGUUAAAAGAAGAGUAUUUCCCAAGUACAGAAGUUUCAAAUGAUAGUGCUGAUAUAAUUGAAAAGAUUGAAAUUUAUUGUGUAUCAGCAGGACUUUUAUGUAAUGAUAAAGUAAUUACCAAAGCAUUACAAUUGAUUGAAAUUCAGAAAUCGGCUCAUGGAAUUAUGUUAAUCGGGGCUCCAGGUUCAGGUAAAUCUACAAUUUUACACUUGGUCGCUAAUGUCUUAUCUGAAGAACACAAAUUAAUCAGAAUUGACGCCAAACUUCUUUCAACCUCAGAGUUAUUUGGAAAAUUAGAUUCAAUUACAAGAGAAUGGACAGAUGGAUUAUUUACUAGUAUAUUAAGAAAAGUUAAUGAAAAUUUGAGAAAUGAAUCGUCAAAACAAAUUUGGAUUGUAUUUGAUGGUGAUGUAGAUCCUCAAUGGGCAGAGAAUUUAAAUAGUGUCUUGGAUGAUAAUAAAAUUCUAACUUUACCAAAUGGUGAAAGAAUUGAAUUACCGAUGAAUGUUAGGAUUGUGUUUGAAGUUGAUAGUUUGAAAUACACUACACCAGCAACUAUAAGUAGAUGUGGUAUUGUUUGGUUUGAUGAAUCAUUAGUUUCAAUUGAGAGUAGUUUCAUUAAAUUAAUUUAUAAUUUAUCAACUUAUUAUGAUGAGGAUAUGAAUAAAGCAUUACAGACUAAAUUUGUUGACGAAUUAAAACAAUUGGUGACUGUCGAAUUUUUAUCAGAAAUGAACAAUGUUGCACAAGGUAUUGAUCAUGUUAUGACUUAUACUUUUGAUAGAGCUAUUACAUCAUUUGAAACUAUGUUGAAAAUUUAUUUACGUAGAUUACUGGUUGAUUAUGAUGUUGACUUGAGAUUAUACACUGCUAAAUCAACUAUUUUAUCAAUCAUUUGGUCAUUUGCUGGAGAUGCUCCGUUAGAAUCACGAAAUACAUUUGCAAAAAUGAUCAGUCAAAAGGGUUCAUUUGCACACGUUGAUAUUGUUGAAGACCUAAUUGAUUAUGAUGUAUCAAUAGAGGAUGGUCAAUGGAUUAAUUGGAAUAACAGAGUAGUAUCAACAGAUUUAGAGCCUCAUGAAGUUUCUAAUCCAAAUAUAAUAGUGCCUACUUUAGAUACAGUUAGACAUGAAAGUUUAGUUUAUUCAAUCAUCAAUGAACAUAGGCCUUUGAUUUUAUGUGGUCCGCCAGGUUCAGGUAAAACUAUGACUUUAUUAGAAGCUUUGAGAAAAUCACCUCAACUUGAUUUAAUUUCAUUAAACUUUUCCAAAGAUACAUCUCCAGUAUCAUUAUUAAAAGCAUUAGAACAAUUUUGUGAAUAUAAACAAACUAGCAGGGGAUUCAUUUUAACUCCAAUAGUGACUGGUAAAUGGGUAGUUGUUUUCUGUGAUGAAAUUAAUUUGCCAAUGAUUGAUGAGUAUGGUUCACAAAAUAUAAUUUCAUUAAUGAGACAAAUGGUCGAACAAAACGGUUUUUGGAGAACAAAAGAUAUGCGAUGGAUAACACUUGAGAAUGUUCAAUUUGUUGGUGCUUGUAAUCCUCCAAAUGAUCCUGGUAGAAGUUUAUUAUCUGAUAGAUUUUUAAGACACGUUUCAGUAAUUAUGGUUGACUAUCCUGGUACUUUAUCAAUGCAACAAAUUUAUCAAACAUUUAUGAAGGCUAUUUUAAAAUGUGCUCCAGAUUUAAGAGGUUUUGCCAGAGAAUUGACAAAUGCAAGUAUUGAAAUUUAUGAAAGAAACAAGAACAAGUUUUCACAUAUGCAACCACAUUAUGUAUAUUCACCUCGUGAAUUGACAAGAUGGAGUAAAGGUUUAUUAGAAGCAUUAAAAUCAAAAGAAUAUUAUCAAUUGAUUGAUUUAUUACGAUUGUGGUAUCAUGAAGGUUUAAGAUUGUUUUAUGAUAGGUUAGUUUCAAUUGAUGAAAGAUUAUGGGUAAUUGCAACAUUUAGAGAACUAACAACUAUAUAUUUUCCAAAUGUUGAUUUAAAUGAAUGCUUUAAAUCUCCAAUUUUCUUCAGUGAUUGGAUGGAUUCUGAAUACAAAUCAGUAAAUGAAGUUGAUUUACGAAAUUUUGUCCAAGCAAGAUUAAGGGUAUUUAGUGAAGAAGUUAUGGAUGUAGAUUUGAUUCUACAUGAUGAAAUGUUAGAUCAUGUUUUAAGAAUUGAUAGAGUUUUAAAACAACCACAAGGUCAUAUGAUAUUGGUAGGACCAAGUUCCAGUGGUAGAUCAACUUUAGCUAAAUUUGUUGCAUGGAUGAAUGGUUUGAAAAUUGAACAAUUAUCAGUUCAAUCUGAUUAUAGAUUAAUUAAUUUUGACGAAACAUUGAAAAAGAUUUUAUUGAGAUGUUGUGAUGGAGAAAAGAUUUGUUUUAUUAUUGAUGAAUCUACUAUUCUUGAAUCAUCAUUUAUUGAAAGAAUGAAUACAUUAUUGGCCAAUGCAGAAAUUCCAGGUUUAUUUAAUGAUGAAGAAUAUACUGCAUUAAUGACUAAAUGUUCUGAGAAUUCUCAUUCACAAGGUUUAUUGCUUGAUACAAAUGCCGAAUUAUACAUUUGGUUUACACAACAAAUUUCACGUAAUUUGCAUGUUAUUUUCAAUAUUGAUGAAACUAAUACUGGCCAAUCAGUUCUUACUUCACCUGCAUUAUUUAACAGAUGUGUAUUGAGCUGGAUGGGUGAUUGGUCAGACACUUGUUUAUGUGAAAUUGCCAUGUCCAAAAUUAAUGAAAUUCCAUUUGAUACAUCAAGUUAUAAUAUUCCACCUAAUUAUGAAACUUAUCUGGAUUUUCCAGCAACAAAUUUUCGAGAUGUUAUCAUCGAUAUUAUUUCAUUUAUUCAUCGUUUUAUUCCAAAUUACAAAUCUACAAUUUCAAUAAAUCGUACACCAAAUGAUUUUUUAACUUUAAUUGAAACUUUUACAUCAUUAUAUAUGGAGAAACAAUUGGAAUUAGAUAAAAGUCAAAGACAUAUAAGUGUUGGUCUAGAUAAAAUUCGUGAUACAGUGGUUCAAGUUGAUAAAUUGAAGAAAAAAUUGGCUGUUAAAGAGCAAGAACUUAAAUUGAAAGAUGAAGAAGCUAGAAAAGUAUUGGAUAAAAUGAUUGUUGAUCAAAAUGAAGCUGAAAGAAAGCAAGAAUUUUCAAUUGUAACACAAGCAGAAUUGGAAAAACAAGAAAUUGAAAUUAGAAAAAGAAGAGAAGUUGUUAUGAAAGAUCUUGAAUUUGCAGAACCUGCUGUUCUUGAAGCUCAACGUGGAGUUCAAAAUAUUAAAAAGCAACAUUUAACUGAAAUUAGAAGUAUGUCAAAUCCACCAGCUGCAGUUAAAAUGACUAUGGAAUCAGUUUGUAUUUUACUCGGUUAUGAUGUUUCUUCAUGGAGGGAUGUUCAAUUAGUUAUCAGAAAAGAUGAUUUUAUCCCAAAUAUUGUAUCAUUUGAUGGUGAAGCACAAAUAUCAUUAGAAUUAAGAAAUUAUAUGGAAACAAAUUAUCUUGCUAGAGAAGAUUAUACAUUUGAAGUUGUUCAUAGAGCAAGUAAAGCUUGUGGUCCAUUAUUACAAUGGGUAAGAGCACAACUAGCAUAUUCGAAGAUCUUGGAUAGUAUAGGUCCUUUACGUCAUGAAGUUCAAAAAUUGGAACAACAAACUAUUAAAACAAAAGCUCAACUAAUUGCAAUUGAUCAAAUGAUAAAUGAACUUGAAGAAAGUAUUGAGAAUUAUAAAGAAAGUUAUAGCCAAGUCAUCAGAGAAACUGAAAAUAUUAAAUCUGAAAUGAGAGUAGUUCAUGAUGAAGUUGAGAGAAGUAUGACAUUAAUUUCAAAUCUUGAAAAUGAAAGAACACGAUGGAAAGAAUCUGUUGAUAGUUUUAGUGGUGAAAGAGAUAAAUUGGUCGGUAAUCUGUUAUUAGUAGCAGCAUUUAUUGCUUAUUGUGGACCAUUUGAUCAACGAGGAAGAGAAAUAAUUGUUGAAGCUUGGAAACAUAAAUUAAUAAAUGCAAAUGUUAAAUUUGAUUCAACAUUGGUUGUUGCUAAUUAUUUGGAAAAACAAAUUAUGAAUUGCUUAAGUAAUGGUUUACAAAAUGACGAAUUAUACCUUGAUAAUUUUGCAUUGAUCAAAAGAUCCAAAUUCCCAUUGAUUAUAGACCCAUCUUCAGAUGUGAUCAAUGCUUUAACUAAAUGUUUUAAUCAAUUUACUAUUUCUAGUUUUUUAAAUGAUGGAUUGUUGAAUCAACUUGAAAAUUCAAUUAGAUUUGGAGGUGCAAUAAUUAUACAAGAUUGUGAAUAUUAUAACCCUAUACUCGAUAGUCUUUUAAGAAAUGAGAUCCAAAGAAAUGGUGGAAGAACGAUGAUCAAAUUAGGUAAAGAAUUGAUUGAUUAUUCACCAAAGUUUAAAUUAAUUUUAUUCACCAAAGAAGCUCAAAUUCAAUUAUCAUCAUUUGUUAUGUCCAGAACCACUAUAAUCAAUUUUACAACAACUAGUGGAUCAUUAGAAAAUCAAACAUUGAAUAUAAUUUUGAAAGAAUUGAAACCAGAUGUGGAAAAGCAAAGAGUUGAAUUAAAUUUGUUAAAUAGUGAAUAUAGAACACGUUUACAAGGUUUAGAAAUUGAUUUAUUAGAUUCAUUAAAUGAUUCUAUACAGAUAUUAGAUAAUGAAGAGGUUUUGAAAAGGUUGGAAAUUAUUAAAUCAGAAUCAGAUUCAAUAAAUGAGAAAUUAUCAAAUUCAGAUACUGUGAUUGCAAUUAUUGAACAAACAAGAGAUUAUUAUAGACAAUUGGCAAAGCAAACAUCUGUAAUUUAUUCAAUGAUUGAGUUGUUGACCAAAUUAAGUAGUUUUUAUACCUUCCCAUUGACAAGAUUUAUUUCAGAAUUUAUUGAGACUUUCAGGAGAAAUAGUCAUAUUAAGCCCACUGAAUUGAUUAUACAAUCGUACAAAGAGUUUUAUUCAAUAGUUGUUGGAUCAUUGCAAUAUGAAGACAAGGUGGUGUUGACGUUGUUAUUUUCAAUGGCAUUUUAUACUGAAGAUAUUGGUGAUGUGUUUAAACAAGCUUUUGUUUCAUUGAUUUCAGACAAGGAUUACAAUUUGGUAUUUGAUAUUUGUUUAGCUAAACGAGAACCAGAAUGGGAUGUUGCAACUAAUAUCAAAAAUAAUGAUAAUCCAACUAUUCAAGUAUUAUCUGAUCUACUUUUAAAUUCUAAGCUUAAUGCAUUUGCUAAAUUGGGUUCAAUAUUUUAUGAUACACCAUUUGAAUCCAAAUACGAUUUAAUACAUUGGAUUGAACAUUUUCAAUGUUUAUUAUUCACCUCACCUAUUGAAGUUGAUGCAAGUUAUAAAAUUUCACAAUUGGCUACAUCUUUAAAUAAAAAAUUAGUUGUUAUAUCAAUGGGUUCAAAAGAAGGAAUUGAAAAUGCAAAUAAAGAACUUGAUAAAUCAAUUGCUAAACCUCAGUGGGUAAUAAUUCAAAAUGUUCAAAUGUCACCAUUAUGGUUUACACAGUUGGAAAAUAAAUUGAAGAAUCCAAUACAUGAACAAUCACGAAUAUUUAUAACUUGUUCAACAAGUACAAAAUUACCUUUAGGGUUAAUAUCACAAACUAAAGUAUUAAAUUUUGAAGGUCAAGUUGGAAUUAAAGCUAUUUUUAAUGAAACUGUUAAAUUAAUUCCAGAAUAUAUUGUGGAAAAUGUCAAGCUUAAAUAUUUAGUAUUUUUAAUAACUUGGUUCCAUUCUUUAAUUGUUGAAAGAUUGAGAUAUACACCAGUAUCAUUUAAAAAGAGACACGAUAUUAAUGAUAGUGAUUUUACAUUUGCAUUGAAAAUUAUCAACAAUAAAAUGUCAUGGGAUGAGAUAAAAUAUCUAAUUGUUCAUGUCAUUUAUGGAAGUAAAAUUGAUGAUGUUUAUGAUUUGAAAUAUAUUGAUGAAUUUGCAAAUACCAUAUUUAAAGAAGAGUUUGUCUUUGAUGAUUUGAACAUUCCUGAUGGUUCAUUAAUAGACUGGAUUGAUCAAUUACCAAUUGAAACACCCUUAUCAUGGUUAAACUUAGAACCUGAUGCAAAUGAUCAAUUAGAAAAUCAAUUAGUUAAACAAAUUCGAAAUAAAUUUAUAAAUUUAAUAGAAAUAUAG